GGAGGAGUACCAGUUUAAAUCAAGAAAUUGAAUGAGGAAAUUGGGUCUAAUGUCACGUAUAAAUAUGUGCAGGGUUGUUUAAAUUGAAUGGAGAGAAAGGUUGUUCCUUAGGAUUCAAAAUAAUUGUGUGCUUUUGGAACAAGAAAUUGGAAGGGACGUUUUUAGAAGUAAAAACCUAUUCGUGUUGUGUGUUGGGGCGUGGCACGGCACUCUUUGUCUCAACUCAACUCAAUGCAAGCCCUUCGCCCACUCCUUUCCCAUUUCUGAUCCAAUUGGGUGGCCAUUAGUGUGUUGACUGGAUGAGAUUGAUGGACAUGCUUCUAACAGUUCAAUAAUCUUUAAUUCGAAACAUGGAAACACUGCUGUCUUGUCUUUUUAUCUCUGGGGCUCUAUAGCAACACACAACAUUUUUUCUGAAUUUGAUUCAGGUGAUAAUGUUAAUACAAACUUCUGUCCUUAGUUCAGUUGAAGCUGGUCUAUGUUAUGUAUCUGAUGAUGGGAAAGAUGUUCUAUGUGAUCGGAUGCCUAGUGGUGAAACUUGGCAGGUGGGUCUGAAAUGCAAUAAGUACCCUCUUGACUGGUGUAGAAAAGCUGAACCAGUAGAAGAAGAUAAAAGGAAUGCUGAUGAUCCUUACAGAUCAAGCUGUUUAGUUAGCUUUGGUCAGCCGUCAACUGCUAGUAUAAUGACAGAAAAUACUACACCUAAUAUGGUAUACAGGAGAAAGAAGCUCUGUAAGGACUCAAAUUUCGACCUAGGGCCAACUAAUGUGCAGGCAAGUGCAAACUGCCCUUCAGUCAUAAGUUCCGCUGCACAUUUAUCAUCAGCGGAGGAUCAGCCAACUGGUUUUCAAGUUAAGCAUGAAAUUGAAAUGGUUAAAGAUCCUACCAUGCCUUCAGUCUUAUUUGAUAGAGUAGCCAAAGAUAGCACACAUAAAAACUUAGGUAUUAAUAGUGUAAAUGAUAGUUGCUCCUCUUCAAAGCCAAAUAUGGAAACUGAAAUGGAUGAAACUGGUGAAUGCUCCUCCAGUAUAAUAGUCAUGGAUUGCACAAGGGAAGAAGUAACAGAAAAGGAUUUCUGCAUUAAUAUUUUAAGAAGCCAUGGACUUCUUAAAGAAGAUUCCCCUGUAGAUAAUGUGGCUUCUGGGGAAGAUGCUGUUACCACUGGUAAUAACUGCUGUUCCAGGUCAUGCAAAAUAUGUGGUGAUUUAGACAGUUCAUUGAACAUGCUUUUAUGUGAUCAUUGUGAAGAUGCAUAUCAUCUGUCUUGCUACAAUCCACGUUUGAAAAAAUUACCAAUUGAUGAGUGGUUUUGUCAUUCAUGUCUUAAAAAGAGGCAGAAAAUUCUCAAGGAGACAGUUAUCAGAUCACCAAGUAUCCACAAUGAAUUGGGCAAAUGUAGAACUGCCCCAGUUAAGGCUGAAUUGAAUCCCAUACUGUUGAUGUUAAGAGACACCAAGCCCUAUACAACUGGUGUGCGAGUUGGUAAAGGUUUUCAAGCAGAAGUUCUUGACUGGUCAGGCCCGAUGAAAAGUGAUGAAGAUGCCCUUCCUGAACCAUUGGAAAUUAGUCCUUCAGAAUUUUAUAAAUUGCUGGGAGAGAAUAUGAGAAAUCCUACUAAACUUAGUUCCAUUGGUAAUUGGAUUAAAUGUCAGGAGGUUUUAGAUAGAGCCAAUGAAACUAUAUGUGGAAAGUGGCGCAGGGCUCCUCUUUUUGAAGUUCAAACUGAUGACUGGGAUUGCUUUUGUGCUAUCCAUUGGAAUCCAUCUCAUGCUGAUUGUGCUGUACCUCAGGAGCUUGAAACAGAUCAAGUACUGAAGCAACUGAAGUAUAUAGAAAUGCUACGGCCUCGACUUGCUGCUAAGCGGAAAAAAUCAGAUUGCACACAUAAUAGUGAAUGAAGUCUGGUGAGAGCUGGAUAUUUUUGUCCUUGUACAUGCUACAAUUUACAUGUUCCAUGCCUUCCAGUGGUAUUUUGUUUUUAAGGCAUGUUAAUGGAUUUAGAAUAUAACUUCCGGGUUUUUAACCUUUUUUUUUGUAGUUUCUUUUUUACUUUUUGAUUUUUAAUAUUUUUCAUAUAUGUGGAAUGUGAUCUAUCGUAUAGCUUCAAUUUGAUAGUGGAAACCUCUUGGUAACUAACUGUCUUAGAAUCCUAUUGAUAAAAAAAAAUGAUAGUGUAAACA